AUGCUAUAUUUUGAUCCUUUUCGGCUUGAUGUAAAUGCUGGUGCUAUUAAUGGUGAUGCUGAAAUUCACUUAAAUGCAAAGGGUCUUGGUGAGACUAUUAAGGAGGGAAAUGAAGAAAGUACACAAGAUAAGGCCAAGGCCAUGAUUUUCCUUCGCCAUCACCUCCAUGAAGGUCUAAAGACUGAAUAUUUGACUGUUAAGGACCCUCAAAUUCUUUGGGCCAAUCUAAAGGAAAGAUAUGACCACCAGAAAACUGUGAUUUUGCCUAAAGCUCGUUAUGAGUGGCUGAAUUUAAGAUUGCAAGACUUUAAGUCUGUUAGUGAUUAUAACUCGACCAUGUUCAGAAUCACUUCACAAUUGAAUUUAUGUGGAGAAAAGAUUACUGAUGCAGAAAUGUUAGACAAAACAUACUCAACUUUCCAUGCAAAUAAUGUUGUCCUGCAGACACAAUAUCGUGAAAAAAGCUUCCAGAAAUAUUCUGAAUUAAUUUCUUGUCUCCUAGUGGUGGAGCAAAACAACGAGCUGCUAAUGAAAAACCAUAAAUUACGCCCAACUGGCUCUGCUCCAUUCCCUGAAGCGAAUGUGAGUUUACACAAUGGGCAAGAAUUAAAAGAAACACACCAUGUAAAUAGUAGUGUGCGUGGCCAUGGUCAUGGCCGAGGGCGUGGCUGCGAACAUAGAUAUGGAUAUGGUCGAGGUGGUCAUUUUAAAAAUUCAUAUUCCUACCAGAAGUGGGAUCAGAAAAAUGGUAACAGGGAAGAGAAAGAAAAAGGUGAAAAUGUGACUAAUAAGGGAAAUAAAGUAGAAACCAAUCUUGUGUAUAAAGAUGGCGAAGGUGAUUUUGAUGAUGGCAAUGCAACCUACUUAGAAGUGGCUGAUUAUCUUUCUACCCCUGAAGGAAAUUAUUAA